AUGGCAAGACUUUUGAAAUUCAACACCGCCCAUCUCCAGGCGGGCUCUAGUAUGCAACUCAACGUCUCUGACUUGAGGACUGCACUAGUAAAAAUCAAAGCCCAAGCUACACAUUCAGUUGCUAUGGUUGUGAAUCAUGACCUCUACGAUGAGCAAGAGCAAUCAUACCUGACACACAGAUCGGCGAGCCACUGCCAGACUCACGUUAAUGAAGGGCUUGCAGUACACAACGACACCGAAGACUCCACGACCCGAAACCAUCCGUACAAGGCUUUUGGUAAACCGCCCGGGGACUCUGCGCUCGGUCUCGCGAUCCAAGCCGCCAAUCAAGCUAGUCCGCCAUCGUCAAUGGAGGAUCUCUCGAGCCUAUGGUUCGCACGAGUUCUCAUUGCUGUAUCUCGAGAAGCCGCUCGUUGUUUUGGGCUCGGAAACUGUACUUACUACACCUGUCUGAUGCAGGGGGUAAAGCGGGACUCGUCAGGCGUGCGAGAUACUGCCUUACCUUUGUCCUGUCUUCUACUCCAACGCCAACAAGCUAAGGUCAACGUAUUCGCCGUCCUCGACGCCGCAGAGGACGCCUAG